AUGGCAUCAACAACCAAACACCGCGGUAUUAGAAUUGCCAUUGACCGUGGCGGUACUUUUACAGACUGUGUCGGCGAGAGCAAUGGAGAGGAAAUUAUCAUCAAGCUCCUCUCAGAGGACCCGGCCAACUACAAGGAUGCCCCGCUUGAGGGCAUCCGACGCAUCAUGAGCCAUUUCCUGGGUCGAGACAUUCCUCGGGGUGAGGCCCUGGACACUUCUCAGAUUGACUCCAUUCGCAUGGGAACCACCGUUGCCACUAAUGCCUUGCUCGAACGCAAGGGUGAGAAGAUUGCCAUGGUGGUGACCAAGGGAUUCAAGGAUUGCUUGACCAUCGGCAACCAGUCAAGACCCAAGAUCUUUGACUUGGCUAUUCGGAAACCAGACGUUCUGUAUGAAAAGGUUGUUGAGAUCGAGGAGCGAGUUACACUUGAGGACUACGCAGAAGAUCCCGAGAGAACGACCACCAAGGCAGAGGCCCAGGUUGGGACCAAGGAGGCUGAGGGAAAGACUCUGGUUCGCGGCUUGUCGGGUGAGACCGUGAGGAUCCUCAAGAGGGCCGAGGAACAAGACGUCCGAUCGAAGCUCAAGGAGGUUUACGACCAAGGCAUCCGCAGCAUCGCCGUCUGUCUGAUGCACGGCUACACGUACCCGGACCACGAGGCUUUGAUUGGCCGCAUAGCUAAGGAGAUUGGCUUUCAACACAUCUCGCUAAGUCAUGAGCUCAUGCCCAUGAUUAAGCUUGUUUCUCGAGCCACAUCUGUCUGUGCCGAUGCCUAUCUCACGCCAGCCAUUCGCAAGUACAUUGAUGGCUUCCAGGCUGGGUUUGAAGGUGGCCUUGGAACCCGCAGCGUCAAGGAGGAGAAGGGCGCCAAGGGGGCAAGGUGUGAGUUCAUGCAGAGCGAUGGAGGAUUGGUGGACGUGGACAAGUUCACUGGCUUGAAGGCCAUUCUCUCUGGCCCAGCAGGAGGCGUUGUUGGAUACGCCAUAACCUCUUACGACGAUGAGACCAAGACACCCGUGAUUGGGUUUGAUAUGGGUGGUACUAGCACAGAUGUCUCGAGAUAUGGAGAUGGGCGAUACGAGCACGUCUUUGAAACGACUACAGCUGGUGUCACCAUCCAAUCCCCUCAACUGGACAUCAAUACUGUGGCAGCAGGUGGUGGUUCGCGCCUCUUCUUCAGAAACGGUCUCUUCGUUGUUGGGCCUGAAUCCGCUGGCGCUCACCCUGGUCCCGCGUGUUAUCGCAAAGGAGGCCCAGCCACCGUCACUGAUGCUAACCUGGUCCUUGGUCGUCUUCUACCCGAGUUCUUCCCUAAGAUCUUUGGCGAGAAUGAGGACCAGGGACUUGAUGUUGAGGCUAGCAGGAAGGUACUUCAAGAGCUGGCUGAUCAGGUGAACCAGCAGAGCGACAAGAAAUUGUCGGUAGAUGAGGUGGCGUAUGGCUUCUUGACGGUGGCCAACGAGACCAUGACCCGGCCUAUUCGAUCAAUCACCGAAGCCAAGGGUCACGAUUCAUCUAAGCACCGGCUCGCGACCUUUGGUGGUGCUGGAGGACAGCACGCUGUUGCUAUCGCCGAGUCCUUGGGGAUUCAACAAAUCCUCGUCCACAGAUAUUCCUCUGUUCUCUCGGCCUACGGUAUGGCAUUGGCAGAUGUUGUUGACGAACGGCAGGAGCCUGAAUCGAUGGUGUGGAAGGAUGAUAAGGAUGUUGUUGGUGAGCUGCAGAAGAAGAUGGGGAAGCUCAAGGACCAGGCAAGACAAGCUCUUAAGGAACAAGGCUUCCAAGAUGACGAAAUCGCAUUUGAAGAGUAUCUCAACAUGAGGUACCGUGGUACUGAGUCCGCACUCAUGAUUGUCAGACCUAGCCUAGAAGAGGCCAAGGAGAGCUUUGGAGGAAACGACUGGGACUUUGGGCAGGCCUUUGUGAAGCAGCACCGCUAUGAGUUUGGAUUCACUCUGGAUGAACGGGAUGUCAUUGUCGACGACGUCCGUGUCCGAGGCAUUGGCAAGAGUUUCCGCCACAGUGAAGAGACGGUUGACAAGCAGCUCAAGGCCCUGAAGCAACAGGCUGUCUCUGACAAGAAGAAGCUCAACAGCCAGCAGGUUUACUUUGAGGGAGGAAGGCAGGAAACCCCAGUCUUCAAACUCGAGGAUCUGGAAGUUGGUGACUCGAUUCCUGGACCAGCCAUGCUUGCGGAUGGCACGCAGACAAUCGUGGUUACGCCAAAGGCAACGGCGGUUAUUCUCAAGACUCAUGUCGUCAUCAACCUUGAAAAGGAGGGUUCAAAGUCUGAGUCCACCAAGACGACUACAGACCGUGAAGUUGACCCCAUCAUGCUCAGCAUCUUCGGCCACCGCUUCAUGGCUAUCGCUGAGCAGAUGGGCCGUGCCCUGCAAAAGACAAGCGUUAGUACAAACGUCAAGGAGCGACUCGACUUUUCGUGUGCAAUCUUUGACGCUACUGGCGGUCUCGUUGCUAAUGCUCCUCAUCUGCCUGUCCACCUUGGCUCAAUGUCGACCUGCGUGAGACGCCAGGCUGAGAUUUGGAAGGGAAAGCUGGAGAAGGGAGAUGUCAUCAUCUCAAACCAUCCGUCAUACGGUGGCACUCACCUUCCUGACGUGACUCUCCUGAUGCCGGCCUUUGACGAAAAGGGGGAGAACAUUCUCUUCUACGCCGCAUCGAGGGCCCAUCACGCGGACAUUGGUGGCAUCAGCGCCGGAAGUAUGCCUCCUCACUCGCGAGAACUGUUCCAGGAAGGUGCCUCGAUCAGGAGCGAGAAGCUGGUGAGCGGUGGCAAGUUCAAUGAGAAGAGAGUUGUUGAGCUCUUCUACGAAGAACCCGCCAAGUACCCCGGAUGCAGUGGAACACGUUGUUUGGCCGACAACAUCAACGAUUUGAGAGCUCAAGUAUCUGCGAACCAGAAGGGUAUCUCCUUGAUCGAGACUCUGAUUGCCGAGUAUGGCCAGGAAACCGUUCAGUUCUACAUGGUCAACAUCCAGAAGAAUGCCGAGUUUUGUGUCCGCCGACUCCUGAAGGAGGUGCACAAGCGAUUCGAAGGCAAGGAUCUCUCAGCUGUUGAUCACAUGGACGAUGGGUCCCCUAUUCGUCUCAAGAUUCAUAUCGACGCAGAGAAGGGAGAGGCCGAAUUCGACUUUGCAGGAACCGGGCCUGAAGUCUAUGGAAAUGUGAAUGCGCCGCAAGCCAUCACAUACAGCGCCAUCAUCUACUGUCUGCGGUGCCUCAUUUCAGAGGAUAUUCCACUGAACCAGGGAUGUCUGAAGCCGAUUCACGUCAAGAUUCCUCCCAAGUCUAUUCUGUCUCCGUCACCAGGUGCGGCAGUUGUUGGCGGAAAUGUUCUCACCAGCCAACGCAUCACCGAUGUCAUCUUCAAGGCUUUCCAAGCCUGUGCAGCCAGUCAAGGCUGCUGUAACAACCUGACCUUUGGCUUCGGUGGUAACCAGAACGGAACCAAGGCCAUCAAGGGCUUUGGCUACUAUGAGACGAUUGCUGGUGGAAGCGGAGCAGGUCCUGACUGGGAGGGUACCAGCGGAGUUCAUUGCCACAUGACAAACACUCGAAUCACGGACUCUGAGAUCUUUGAACGACGGUACCCUGUUCUUCUCCGCGAGUUCUCUAUUCGAUCGGGCUCAGGAGGACGCGGUCAGCACCGUGGUGGCGAUGGUGUGAUUCGUGACAUCGAGUUCCGCAUUCCCCUUCAAGUCUCUAUUCUCAGUGAGCGCCGCGUCUAUCACCCUUACGGUCUAAACGGUGGAGGAGAUGGAGAGUGCGGUCUCAACCUUUGGGUUCGCAAGGUGGAAAAGGCAAACUGGGAGUCUUCGCUGAAGAAGUUCCAUACCCAGGAGGAUGCCGCCGAGGUGGAGUAUGAAGAGAGGCACAUCAACAUGGGAGCCAAGAACACUGCUUCGAUGAAUGCUGGAGACCGUAUCAUUGUGUGCACUCCUGGAGGAGGUGGAUGGGGAGCUGAAGGGGCAGAGAGCGUAGCGAAGAGAAAGGUCGAUCACACAGAGGCAUGGCGGAAGGGCAGUGGCAGCGCGCGGGAAGAGACGGCACUCCAGGCUUAG